GACAAUCUAUAAGACGACGGCUCUGCCGAAAAUAAAGACAAUCAUCUCCCUCAGCUCAUCCCCUUCACACUUAAAAUCGCCUCCGACCUUAUUCGUCCUCUAAACACCAUCCUAUAUCCAAUCCCAGACACAUCUUCAGAGUCUGCGACUUGCAUCCCAUACUUCCACAACAUACACUGCCGCUUCAUCAUGGGCCUCUACCGCGCAGCCUACUCCCAGCUCUUCCCCCCUAAACCCACCUUCACCGAAAAGGACAUCCCCGCCGGCAGCCAAGUCGGCAAAGUCUACAUCGUCACUGGCGCAAACCAGGGUAUCGGCUUCGAGCUCAUCAAGCUCCUAUACCACUCCGGGGCGACCAUCUACCUCGCCGGCCGCUCAACAGAGCGUCUCGACGAGGCGAUCAAAACCAUAACCUCAAUUACACCAACUCCUCAAACACCCGCAGUACUCAAGCCCCUCUUCCUCGACCUCAACGACCUCGCAGCCGUAAAGGCAUCCGCCGCCGCAUUCGCGGCUCAGGAAUCGAGGUUGGACAUCGUAUGGAACAACGCGGGCAUUGGCGGCGCGCCGCUAGGCACAACGACGAAGCAGGGGAUCGAGGGGCAUAUCGGGGUGAACUGCGUAGGACCGCUUCUCUUCACACAGCUCCUGCACCCACUCCUCCAGGCCGCUGCAAAAUCUUCCUCGAAGGGCAGCGUGCGGAUCGUCUGGACCAGUUCACCGAUCGUCGAUAUGGGCGCGCCGAAGGGCGGAGUGGACUUUAAAUCGAUCGAUUCCGGCAAAACUGCCAACUCGAACCGUGAUUACUCCUGCUCGAAAGUCGGCAACUGGUUCCUCGCUGACGAAGGCGCGAAGAGGUGGGGCAAAGAUGGGAUCGUGAGUGUGGUGCAGAACCCUGGGAAUCUGAACACGAGCGCGUAUAGGUACCAGUCGGGGUUGAUGAUGUUUUUCGUGAGGCCGAUACUGAGUGAACCCAAGUUUGGCGGGUAUACGAUGCUUUAUUCGGGAUUCACAGGGGAUGUGGGACUGGAGAGUAAUGGGGCGUAUAUUUGGCCGUUUGGGAGGAAAGUUCCGAAUGUGAGGGCGGAUAUUUACCAGGCGAUUGAGGAGGGGAAGGCGAGGGAGUUCUGGGAAUGGUGCGAGAAGAAAUUUAAGGCGUAUUUAUGAUGGUGAGAAGCGUCUGUUAGGGGAUGACUAGUUGGUGAAUAGGUAGUGAGCGGCGGCGUGUCCAAGUAAUAGAAGUGAAUUGUACCUUACGAG